AUGACGCCGCCCCGCCGUUCUAGUCUCGGUAUGCUUCUCCGUCGAAGCAAGUCUGGGGACCUCAAGUCCCGCAAGGCCAAGGACGCCGAGCGCCAGCCUUCGGUCUCCAAGGUCGCCCCUAAACUUCCCGAUGUCUACCGAGGUCACGAGCAACUGUCAAACAGUUUCGGCACCGAAUUACGACCCGACUCGGUCUCCAUCAUCUCCGGCACGACUGAUCUCUAUUCCGCUCGCCCGUCAAUUGACCCCGGACGGGGCCCCCUGACAGCCGUCCCCGCCCCUCCGCCGGUUCCCAAUACGCCGUGGGAUCCCUAUGCGCGUACCGAGAGCAUGACCCAUCGGGGUCGGUACAGUUAUGCCAGCAGUGCGAUUAGCACUAUCAAUAGCCCUAGGAGGGUCCGCAGACGCAAGGAUCCUACCCCAUUCAAUAUCCUAAUCAUCGGUACCCGAAACUCCGGCAAGACAUCCUUCCUCGAGUUCCUCAAGACCGCCCUUGCCCUGCCACCCAAGAAGAGAGCUAAGAGAGCUGAAGAGGACGAUUUUACUCCCCAUGCCCCGCCCUCGGGCAAUUUCAUUCCUCACUAUCUCGAAACUGAGAUUGACGGUGAGAGGGUGGGACUUACACUCUGGGAUUCCGAAGGCCUCGAAAAGAACGUGGUUGAUCUGCAGCUCAGGGAGAUGUCCGCCUUUUUGGAGAGCAAGUUCGAGGAAACCUUUGCAGAGGAGAUGAAAGUAGUCAGGUCGCCUGGCGUCCAGGACACCCACAUUCACGCCGUCUUCUUGGUCCUCGAUCCCAGUCGGCUCGACCGUAACGUUGCAGCGGCGAAGUCUAUCUACUCGAACGGCCAUAACGGUAUCAGCGAUGCACGAAACCCGGGUGCUUUGGACGACGACCUCGAUCUUCAGGUCAUGAGAACCCUCCAAGGCAAGACGACGGUAAUCCCCGUUAUUUCCAAGGCCGAUACGAUCACCACGAAGCACAUGGCCGCCUUGAAACGCAGUGUAUGGAACAGCAUCAAGAAAGCUAACCUCGACCCACUGGAGUCUCUGGCGCUCGAUGACGAAGAUGGCAGCUCGGCUAGUUCCAGCCGGAUCGACGAGGUUGAUGAGGAUGCUGUGCAGUCGGACGCCGGCUCUGAUUCGGCACCCGGAGAAGGACUCCCUAUUCAGGGGAACGAAGGCCAGGAGGCCGGUCAGGACCCCGACGAUUCCGUCCGCCGUCGCAAAGCAGAGAAGGAGGAGGCCGCUGAAGAGGAUGUCACAUUCCUGCCCCUCUCCAUCAUCAGCCCAGACCUUUACGAACCCGGCGUUAUCGGCCGCCAAUUCCCCUGGGGUUUCGCCGAUCCCUACAAUGAAGAACACUGCGAUUUCACCCGUCUUAAGGAUGCCGUCUUCAGUGAGUGGCGUGCCGAGCUCCGUGAAGCUAGCCGAGAACAGUGGUAUGAGGGAUGGAGGACGAGCAGAUUGAAGCUUCGGGACGGACAAACGCGCCGCCGAAUAUAG